AAAAUUGAUGCUAUAACAUUAGUUUUACUGACAAAGCACUUGCUGAGCAAAAGUAAGAAGGGAAUCUCCAUUCCAAUGUACAUUCAAGUGAAUUCAUAUCUCCUUCUCUGUCUUGGACAAUGAAGAAGGGUACUUAGACAUCUGCUUUCUCUUCCUCGCUUGUAUCUAAAAAGCCUAAGCAUUCAUAUCCAUGUUUAUUUUCUUUGGCAGCCAUAGCAACAGCAGCAAGUUGAAAAGAGCAAAAAAAAAAAAAAAAAAAAAAAAAAAGAGAGAGACGGAAGUACAAUUACAAUCCCAUCCCACAAAAAGGUCAAGGGCUACCUGAAAGACCGGUAGGCCCCAGGGUCCUCAAAGCAUCCAAGCCAUCCCUAUACUCUCAGGUAUGUUACAGAUUGUCUCCAAUUUUAUUUGUAUCUGAAUUUGUGGAGAGGAUGCAGGGAAAAUCGUGUUUGUUGGCUUACCUGUCCCAACACAGAGAUCAUGUUACUACUAAAAUCCAUGAUUCUAGAGUUGUACUACCAGUAACAGUUCAAAAAGUACUUUCCCCAUGUGUUAUUGAUAGUAAUUAUUAUAGCUAGAAAUAAAAAGACUUCCAAGAAAAACUGAUGUUAAAUGAACAUCAGUUCAAAGAAACUUUGAUGUUAAAUAUACUCGUGAGUUAUGUAAUAAUGUCCUCUUGUAUAUAUAAUGUUUAUCAAUAAACCAACAUCAUGAAUCUGCCUAAUAAUAUAAGGUUUAAACGUAGGUUUCCAGUUCCAGAUUUUUCCUCCAGGCCUUGCUUCUUCCAAAUCUUUCCUUUUGUAGUAGAUUUACACAUUUCAUCAAGAUGAGUCUAGUUGAUAUGUUUAAGGUAAUUUGUUAACUUUCCAACCAUAUUCUUCUUCACUGCUUAUCAUUUUACCGCUGGUUGUCAUUUGCAAUUUUCUCCUUGCCCUGGAAUCUGAAGUAAGUUGGUGAAGAUGCAGAAUUCCUAAUGUUGCAAUGCAUUAUUUCCAGGAUUUAACUGGCUUCCCUGAUAUCAAAUUGUGUCUUGUAAAGGCCAUAGUUUGUCUCUCUGAUGCAAAGUAAAUAUAAUGCAUGUUGGGUCAAGACUGUCAUUUUGGCCAAUAAAUGAUCUAAAGUACCUGCCUAGGGCUGGCUGGCAUGUACAGAAUGCAUUCAAACAAGUAAUUCUUAUAGUUAUUCAACAGCUUCUGUUUUUUUCUGACUCCCUUCACAGAUUAAUAAUCCUUGAAUAUUUUAAUGGGAACAGAUAACCAGACUUGGGUGAGUGAAUUUAUUCUCCUCGGCCUGUCCAGUGACUGGGACACUCAGGUCUCCCUCUUUGUCCUGUUCUUGGUCAUGUAUGUGGUGACCGUGCUGGGGAACUGUCUCAUUGUCCUUCUGAUCAGACUGGACAGCCGACUCCACACUCCCAUGUAUUUCUUUCUCACCAACCUCUCCCUUGUCGAUGUCUCCUAUGCCACAAGUGUAGUCCCUCAGCUGCUGGCACAUUUUCUUGCAGAACAUAAAGCCAUCCCAUUCCAGAGCUGUGCAGCCCAGUUAUUUUUCUCCCUGGCCUUGGGUGGGAUUGAGUUUGUUCUCCUGGCGGUGAUGGCCUAUGACCGCUAUGUGGCUGUGUGUGAUGCCCUGCGAUACUCGGCCAUCAUGCAUGGAGGGCUGCGUGCUAGGUUGGCCAUCACAUCCUGGGUCAGUGGCUUCAUCAACUCUCUUGUGCAGACUGCUAUCACCUUUCAGCUGCCCAUGUGCAGAAACAAGUUUAUUGAUCACAUAUCCUGUGAACUCCUAGCUGUGGUCAGGCUGGCUUGUGUGGACACCUCCUCCAAUGAGGUCACCAUCAUGGUGUCUAGCAUUGUUCUUCUGAUGACACCCUUCUGCCUGGUUCUUUUGUCCUACAUCCAGAUCAUCUCCACCAUCCUAAAGAUCCAGUCCAGAGAAGGAAGAAAGAAAGCUUUCCACACGUGUGCCUCUCACCUCACGGUGGUUGCCCUGUGCUAUGGUGUGGCCAUUUUCACUUACAUCCAGCCCCACUCCAGUCCCUCUGUCCUUCAGGAGAAGUUGUUCUCUGUCUUUUAUGCCAUUUUAACACCAAUGCUGAACCCCAUGAUUUACAGCCUAAGGAAUAAAGAGGUGAAGGGGGCCUGGCAGAAACUAUUAUGGAAAUUCUCUGGGUUAACAUCAAAGAUGGCAACUUGACUCAUGAGUAUGACUUAGAGAAAACAGCUUUGCCUCAGUGUUCUCCAUCCAGCUGAGAUCUGACAGGUGUAAACUACAUUGCCCUGGCAACCAGGAAGGAGAUGAUGUAGCAUGUACUGUGGAUGUUAUGGAGGAGGGUGAGUGGUUCAGUUGGAUGGGGUGUGGGACGUGGGGUUAUAUUUAUGAACAGUGGAGUUAGAUACUGCUGUUAUAAAACUUCCCACACUUCUUCCACCUCCACUCUUACAGCCUGACAAUUGUUGAAAAAAAAUUACUACUUACUGUUUUGAUUUGUCACAUCGUUUGUAAUGAUAGACCUACUCAUGGAUCUUACCUUGGACCACUGGUACUUACACAUCCACAUUUUAUAAAAGGUUAUGGGGCUUCCAUUGAAAACAAAAUGCAUUUUUACAUUUGAAGACUCACUUUAAAUAAUUUGUAGUGUAUGUCAUCACAUGCAGUAAUUGUGUGAGUCAACAUUCUGAGAAAAGUGUUAUUGUCAAGGCUGACUAAAAUGUUUUUGUGCAGGACCUACAAAAGGUGAACAUAAUGUCUUCUCCUGAGUGCUGGAGCUAAUUCAGUGAAAAAAUAUCAACUCAAGGUCUUGUUUCACCUCAAUAGGGUGACAGUCAAUGGUUGUUUGUACUGAAGACUAUUAUUGACCAAGAAAAGUUAAGCUUCAGGUGCUUCUUGACAGUAUUCAAACAGUUUGAGAAGGAUUUUACUGCAUAUAUAGGCAUAUCGUUGAAAAUAUUAAAAAUGAUCAAUCUGAAAAAUCUGUAAGCUUUUUCUCAGAAUCUUCAGAAACACACAAAAAAGCACACAAAUUAUGAGAUACUGUGAAAAAUGUCAAAGACAUAAUUAAUUUAAGGAAAAACUCUUCAGCCAAAGUCAAUGAAGGGUAAGAUAAUUUAAUAUGAAGUUUGGAACAUCAAGGAAGGUCAGCCAACUAUGCAAAUGUUACCCUCAAGUCUUCACAUUGAGAACUUCUCUUGCCACCUCCAUCUUCCUCACCUUCACACACACAACAGAGCCAUAGGUGAAUUUUUGUAAAUCUUGUAACCUGGGCUUGUCUGAGAAUGGACUUCCCUUUGAAAAGGAGCAUAACUGAUGUAAAAGGAGAAGACAUAAUUGAAAAAGGGGAAAGAAAAGAAAGAAUAUGAUCAUAGCUGCUCUUCCUACUCCCUUGAAGGAGUCAAAGUCUUUUCUUCCUUUUGUGUCUUCAAGUCAGUUGAUUGGCAGUUCUUACAUUUGUCAACACAUCAUCAUAGAAUCUAAGAGUUCUUACAGUGUUGAAGGCAUAUAACCCAAAGCCCAUUUGACAUCUGAAUUUUAUAUUAAUAGUAAUGCAAUCUUAAAUUUUGCAAGAUAGGCAGGCAUCCUAAAAGAUGACAAUGCUGGCAAAUUAAAUUUUUAUUUUAAGUAUUAUCAGUGGAGUAUCUAUUCUGUGUCAGUGUCAAUAAAUGGUUGUUGCACACAAUAGUCAAUAUGAUACCAUCCUGACAAGGAUAAUCUCACAUAGUAGGGAGGACAGAUGAUGAAACAAUGAUAAUGCAUUGUGGUAAGUGUUACAGUGAAGGGGAGCCCACUGGAAAUGAUUGCAGAAGGCUUCCUAUAAAAGGACCCUUGGAUUGAGACCAGAAAUGUAAGAACAAGUUAUCCAGAAGACAAGAAACCCAAACAAGAAACAACCUGUACAAAGUUGUAGAGAUGUGAGCAAGCAUGAAAGCCCAAAAAAUGUUGGAAGUUCAAUUUCAGGGCAGAGAAGAGUGAGAGAGUAGUGAGGACGAAGCAGACGGGUUAGACACAGUCAGAUCCUGAAAGGUGUCGAAUGUCUAAGUAUCUUUUAACUUUAUUCUAAUAGAAAACAAUAGUCCGUCAAAAAUUUUUAGAAGGAGUAUAGAUUGAAAACAAUUACAUUUUAAAAGUAUCACUCUGGCAAAUGAGAUAGUGGAAGAAAAGAUUAGAGGCAAGAUGACCAGCCUGUCUGCUGGGUCUGCUUCAGUAAUACUCUUGAGACAUUCGAGACAUCUGAAUUAAGUUAGAUGCAAUUGGAAGGAGACAAGUAAAGUGGUGUCAUUUAAAAGUGAUGUCAGCUAAAACACUUCAUCUCCCAGAUUGGAAAUGCCAUCUGGAUAUCAUUCCUCUUCUAAAAUGUGAGGAUGCUGUCUGAACAUUCUGUAAAUUGUGUAGUAAACUGGAAAAUUCACCAUCGUGAACAUGCUCUAUAUGAAAUGGUAUGGGAAAGAGAUAAGAAGAAAGUAAUCAAAAAUACAAAUAUACACAUAAUACAUCAAGGAGGAAAAUACGUGAAGAUGCUAUAUCUUCAUUUCUGCCAGCGGUUGUGUGGUCACGGUGUUCGUGACAUUUCUCCAUCAACCAUCACACAAUCCUUUGCCUUCAAACAACUCCUAAGCAUGUUGGGGUUCUUCCUGGAAGGGUUAUCCAAGUCUUGAUAUCUCAGGAAGCAGAAAUGCUGAGAGUGGGCAUUAGGUAUGUAGAAAUAGACUACUAUAGUCUCAUAUUCUGUAUUAGUCAGGUUUCUUUAGAGAGACAAGACUAAUAGGAUAGAUGAAUAUAUGAAAAGGAGUUUAUUAAGGAGUAUUGACUCACAUGAUCAAAAGGUAAAGUCCCACAAUAGGCCUUCUGUAAGCUGAGGAGCACAGAAGCCAGUUGGAGUUCCAAAACCUCAAAAGUAGGGAAGCCAACAGUGCAGCCCUCAGUCUGUGGCCAAAGGCCCGAGAGCCCCUGGUCAACCACUGGUGUAGGUCCAAGAGUCCAAAAGCUGAAGAAAUUGGAGUGGAGUCUGAUGUUUAAGGUCAGGAAGCAUCCAGCAUAGGAGAAAGAUAGAGGCCAGAAGACUCAGGCAAUCUAGUCCUUCCAUGUUCCUCUGCCUGCUUUUAUCCUAGCCAUGCUGGCAGCUGAUUAGAUGAUGCCUACCCAGAUUGAGGGUGGGCCUGCCUCUCCUAGACCACUGACUCAAAUGUUAAUCUCCUUUGGCAACACCUCCAUAGACACACCCAGGAACAAUACUUUGUAACCUUCAAUCCAAUCAAGUUGAUGGUCAAUAUUAACCAUCAUAUAUUCCAUCUAUUAAAUUUCAAUUUUUAUCUUUUUUAUUUGAUAGAGUUUUUAAUUUCAAGGCUGCACUUUCUCGGUAACUUUAAUCUUCAUAAAUUAAAUUAGUUGGAUCACCUUAAGACUACACACACUUCUAAUUCAUAGCUGCUUGUGAAGGACAUUCCCAAUAGAAGGCAUGAACAUUGUCUUGAUACAGGAAUACAAAAUAAGAUGCUAUUCUAAACUUUAUUGUUUAUUUAGCCAUUAAAUAGAAAAAAUUUAAAAAGACACUGAAAAGUAUUUGAAAAUAAAAUAUUUUUCAUUAGUUAAUAACCAUAAAAACACCACUGAAGGUUUCCUUAAAAAUCUAAU